AUGGAGUCAGAAAAUUUAUCUAUGCUGCCUAUGGACAAAAAGUUUUCGGCAAGGGGUGAGGCAUGUGGGAAACCAGGAUCAAAAGUUCCGUAUUCGAAAGGAGGGUUUAAGAUCAUUGGCCUUCCAAAUGAUAUUCCACUUAGAAAGCCAAACGGCUAUGGUGCUGACCAGAUCAAGAAGAUUAUGGAACAAAAAGAUAGCAUUAUUUUUGAAUUGACAAAAAAUGACGACAGUGAAACUGAGGAAGCAGCAAACGUAGAAACUAGGACCUUACCCAUUACGAAUACCCAAAACAUACGCGAGGCGUUGUCAAAAGUAAUAGACAUGGACAAGGUGGAGGCUGCCAUAGCUGAAACGUGUAUCAUCGAAGAAGAAGAUCUGGAGGAAGUAGACCUCAAAAUAACCGAAACUGAGUUUAAUCUUUUGAAAUCAGUAGGAAAACAGUAUUUCUCAGAAGACGCCCUGAAAUCACUUGUGGCUAACUAUGAAGUUUGUAUUCAACAUGAAGGAGCGGCGAAAGCUUCGUUGACGAGACUGGGUAAAGCAUUGGUGCUCCUACAAGAAAAUGACAGACCAGCAGAGGAGGUAAGAGAAUACCUUACUAAAGUGAAGCAGGCAUUUGACAAUGUAGUCUCGAAACAUGAAGAAUACGCAAAUUUAAUAGUCGAAGAUAAAGACUUCGAAACCGAAGAACAGUGGCUAGAAAACUGUCAAAAUGACUUUCUUAGACUUCACAUUAAAACCAAGUGCUAUAUAGAAAGGGAUGCUAGCAAGAACAGCGAGAGUAUAGUAGAAGAAAACGAGCAAAAUGCGUCAGGAAUGUUAGGAAUGCCAAACCCAGACAGUCCAAGUAAUUCGACCCCUACAAAUCGUGAUACAAACCAGCCAAGUGUAGGUAAUGACAGCAGCAAUGUGAUAGGCACCUCGCAAGCAAAUCCUGUCAAUACUUCUGAGGAAAUACAUGUCAACAACUUGCCAGAAUCGACACAAAACAGUAACACCGUGCAACCCGAAAUAACAAAUGAAACCGGAACUGUUUCUAAUAGCAAUACGAAAUGUAGUUUCCAGAUGGAAAAGCCAAAAUUACCGAAGUUUUCGGGUGUUGUUCGUGAGUACAUGAUAUUUCGCGCAGAUUUCAAACAUGCCAUUGAAUCCCGAUAUACGAAACGAGAUGCUAUCACACUGUUAAGAACUUGUUUAAAGGAAAAGCCACUCGAACUAAUAAAGGGAAUUGGAUCGGAUUACGAUGCUGCAUGGGAAUACCUGGAUUCUAUAAAUGGGGACCCCCGGUUUGUGUCGGAUACCAUAACACAAGACAUAGUAAAGUUUAAAGCGCUAAGUGAGGGCGAAGACGCACGGUUCUGUGACCUAGUUCAUCUAGUUAGACGGUGUUACAAUACGUUGAAAGAAGUGGGAAUCCCCUCUGAUAUGGAUAACAGUCACAUGCUUUCGAUUAUUGAGCAAAAAAUGUGUUCCAAUGACCGUAAAGUGUGGUCACGAGAGCUUGAACGAGAAACAAAACCUGCAACAUUGGCCAACUUAAUAAACUGGAUGACAGUCGAGAUGAAAUCGCGAAUGCGUGCCACGGCUUCAGUACGAAGUAGUUUACCUCAUCGUCGAGCAAUCGGCUAUGCGGGCGGAGAGGUUGAUGCCAACGGUAAAACUCGAUACAAGUGCUGGCUCUGUAAGAACUCAAGCCACUGGCCAGAUCAAUGCGAGAAAUUUGCGGCAAUGAGCGUCGACGAGCGGAUAAAUACAGCUAAAACCAAUCAUCUGUGCUUCAGCUGCUUAAAGAAGGCAGGACGAGACCAUCGACAAGCGAAUUGCACUAGAAGAAAGCAAUGUACAGAACUGGUAAACGGAAAUCAAUGCUCGUUGACUCAUCACCCAUUGUUACACAAGUCCAACCCGGCAAAUAUCGGUGUUGCUUCCCUGUCGGACCAAAACGAGUUGAUGUUGCCAGUGAUCAAUGCAAAGCUCAGCGGAUGUGGCGGAGUGUAUAAGCCCGGAAACGUCUUGUUGGAUUCUGGAGCACAAAUUAGUCUAAUCAGAAGAGAGACUGCGGAUAAUCUACGUUUGAGUGGACAAGAUAUAACCGUGAAUAUUGUGAAAGUCGGAGGUGAAGAGGAAGAGGUUCACACAAAGAUAUAUAAAGUGGGCGUUACUGGAAUUGAAAAUUCAAAAAAGUAUGUGAUUCGAGCUAUCGGAAUCCCCUGCAUCAGCGAAGAAAUUAAAGGUGUUCGAUCAAGCGAGCUAGAAGAGCAGUUCAACUUGGAGAAGAAGAAAGUCAGGCGUGGCAGAGGGCAUGUUGAUCUUCUAAUUGGAAUCGACCACGCAUACAUGCAUACCGACCCGACCAAACAAGUUGAACGUUUGAUCGCUCGGAAAUCUCCGCUGGGUUGGGUGAUUUUUGGAUCGCCACUCCAAGACCUGAAUAAAGUGACAACCUCUGUUCUCCAUGUUAAAUAUGCCAACCCAGUGGAUCUGUCGGAUUUUUGGACAUCUGAAGCGAUGGGUGUACAAGUCCAUCCCUGCGUUUGUGAUGCAAACAAGUUGAAUCAGUUAGAUCGAGAAGAGAAGAGAAUGAUUGAAGAGUCGGCCAGGAAAGUUGAGAACCAAUGGAUGAUUCCAUACCCAUGGAAAAGGGAUCCCAAAGAACUACCGGAUAAUAAAGAACAAGCCGUUAAACGUCUGGAAUCGACAGAACGCAGACUAUUGAAGAACCCCAAAGAAGCUGCCACUUACAACCAGAAAAUGAUCGAGAUGGAAGAAAUGAACUUUGCUAGUAAGCUAACCAAGAAAGAGAUUGAAGACUACAAAGGACCAGUUCACUAUGUUUCACACCAUGCCGUUCUCAGGCCCGAUAGUACAAGCACACCAGUUCGUAUAGUCUUCAAUUCGUCAUCUUCUUAUCAAGGUCACGUACUCAACUACUACUGGCGAAAGGGACCCGAUCUGUUGAAUGAUUUAUUCGGUGUCAUUCUGCGCUUCAGAGAAAAUGAGGUCGCUGUAGCUGCUGAUAUAUCGAAAAUGUAUCAACGAGUGCUCAUCCCGUUGGAAGACAAACACGUGCACAGAUUCCUGUGGAGAAAUUUAGAAACGGACAGACCGCCUGACACUUAUGCAAUGAAUGUAUUAACGUUUGGUGACAAGCCUGCACCAGCCAUGGCUCAAGUCGCGCUGCAAAAGACAGCCGAGGAAGGAAAGAGUAUUAACCCGGAAGCAGCACGUACCAUUAAAUUCAACACCUAUAUGGAUGAAAUUCUUGACUCAGUUAACACGAAAGAAGAAGCCAAGAAACUUACAGGUGAUAUUGACAGCAUCCUUGAGAGGGGCGGAUUCAAAGUGAAAGGAUGGCAAUCGAAUACGGAUUUAGACGACCGUGACACGGAAGCAAGUGAAAUCAAAGUGCCAAAAUGUAAACCAGAAGCAAAAGUACUUGGUGUAUCGUGGGAUAGGUUGAAAGAUGUCCUGAAAUACAAAUUUGAAAUUGAGGCUGUGAAAUUCUGCACAACCGAUCUCACCAAGCGUAAGAUUUUAAGUCAGGUUGCUAGAAUUUACGAUCCCAUCGGUUUUGCCUCACCCUUCCUCGUAAGAGCAAAGAUCAGCCUCCAAAAAUUAUGGGAAGAAGGAGUAGACUGGGAUGACGAGCUGCCUCCAAGCAUUCAAGAGAAAUGGUCAUCGUACUUCAAAGAGAUGGAGCAGCUGAAUGACGUAUCGUUUGAGAGAUGUAUUUGUCCAGGGAAAGUGGUCGAGCCGCCAACGUUAUGUGUAUUUGCCGAUGCAUCGCGAGGUGCAUUUGGGACAUGUGCAUAUCUGAGAAGUGAAAAUUCCACAGGAGAUCAAAAUAGCGCAAUCGUCUUGGCCUGGAUUAAAAAUAAUGGAAAGCGUCUAAAACCAUUUGUAGCAAGUCGAGUUGGAGAAAUUCGAAGCAACGUCAAACCGGCCCAAUGGAAGCACAUCCCAACUGAACAGAACGCUGCCGAUGAUGUAUCCCGUGGAUUAUCUGUUCCUGAUUUGUCGGGACGUUGGUUGAACGGUCCGGAAUUCCUGCGUCGACCAAAGGAAGAAUGGCCGAACGAAGGCAAACAACCUGAUCCCACUGAAGUAGAGCGCGAGUGCAUAAAGAGGAAAGCCGUUAAUGUGGUAACAAAUGAAGUGGCCCAGAUAGGAAAGGUAAUCGAGUGUAAAGAUUAUUCGAAUUGGACGAGACUCGUUCGUGUCACAGCCUGGGUACUGAAAUUCAAGAAUGCGUUCCUGGCGAAGAUAGGACGACCUAGCAAGGAGGAUUCGGUAAAUGAAGAGUCACUAAACCCGAAAGAUCUCGAGAGAAGUCAAACCGUCUGGAUUAAGGAAGCUCAGAAGUGUCUAAAGAAUCGCCUGAAAAGAAACGAUUUCCGAACACUUUCUCCCUUUGAAGAUGAAGAAGGUGUAAUCAGAGUAGGUGGUCGCAUCGACAAUGCACUAGUUUCAUUCGAGACACGACACCCGGCGUUGCUCCCUUAUGACCAUACAGUUUCACGAUUGAUAACCGAAAGGGCUCACCGAAUGGGACACUCCGGUGUUGCGACCACAGCUGCAAAGACAAGAAGACGAUACUGGAUACUCAAAGUACACGACCUGGCGAAGACAAUCAAGUCUAAUUGCGUAGUUUGUAAAGAAGCAAACCCACAAGUUGAGAAUCAGUUGAUGGCAGAUCUACCAUCGUUUCGCGUAGCACCUCAUUCUCCUCCAUUCCACUACGUGUCCUGUGAUUACUUCGGUCCGUUAACAGUCAAAGUUAGUCGUAACAAGACAACAAAGCAUUAUGACGUUAUCUUUACGUGCCUAAAUACGAGAGCUGUGCACUUGGAGAUCGCGACUGAUUGUUCUGCCAUGGAGUUCAUUCAAACACUUCGACGAUUCUUUUCUAUCCGAGGAUAUCCUGCUAUGAUCCUCAGCGAUAAUGGUACGCAGUUUGUCGGAGCGUUGACCGACCUGAAGAAUAUGAUUCAAGGAGCUGACAAGAAAUUAUUAAAAGAGUAUUGUGUUGAUAAAGGUGUACAGUGGAAAUUUAUCACCCCGGCAGCACCCCACCAAAAUGGAACGGCGGAAGCGUUAGUGAAAAGUUGUAAAUUGGCACUUAAGAAAGCUAUCGGUGAACAUGUAUUAACCCCGUUCGAACUGCACACAUGCUUACUCGAAGUAGCGAAUUUGGUAAACCAGCGACCCAUCGGAAGACCACCGAACGAUCCAGACGACGGCGUUUAUCUGUGCCCGAAUGAUAUGUUGCUUGGAAGAUCGUCACCUGAGGUUCCGCAAGGUCCUUUCCAAGAAACGAAGAAUCCGAGAAAGAGAGUUGAAUUCAUCCAAAGAAUCGUAGAUUCGUUUUGGAGACGCUGGACAAGAGACGUGUUCCCACUGUUGGUCCCAAGAAAGAAAUGGAAUUCAGCAAAACGGAACGUACGAAUCGACGAUAUUGUAAUGAUGCAAGAUGGAACAGCAGUACGAGGAAAAUGGAAAAUUGCACGCGUGAUUGAAGUAUUUCCAGGAAAGGACAAGAAGGUGAGAAACGUGAAGGUAAGAACAGCGACAGGAGUGUAUUCCAGACCGGUGCAAAAGAUCGCAGUUAUCCAUCCAGCAGAGGGAGACGAAGAAUGA